UGCUUCAAAGAGGGACCUUGCGGUUCCAAGGACGUACCCAAGGGACUGCAAAGGUUACCUUCAGAGCAGUCAGGGGCAGCGGAGAAGGAAAAAGCACCUGUCCAGGAGUCCAUAGAGCGGCCCUGCUGCUCAGAAGACACUCCUGGCACGGAAAAGAGGGUACCUUCCAGCCCAGAGAAAUCAAAGGCCCCUUUCGCCCAAAAUCCCUUCCGUCCUCCGCUAAAUGCGAAUCGGAGACAAGGUCGAGGGGAGAUUUCAAUGGAGGAGAAGACCCUGAUGGCCACCAAUAGGGGGAAAAAGAUGGCCAAGCGGGCUUCAAGGCCGAAAAAUGGCAAACCCCCCAAGCGAUAGGCCUAGGCACAUCAAGUGCCUGCAAGUGAACCUCCAUCAUGCAAAGGCGGCCUCUGACGUCUUAUGCAGGAGGUUCAAAACAGAACUCUUGGAUGUCGCAUUCAUCCAAGAACCGUGGGUUUUCGCCGGGGCUAUUAAAGGCCUAAACGACUGUGAUGAGUUGACACAACAGGACUUAGCUGCUGUAUGGACUAAAGUGCCCACUCAAAUGGGAGAACAAGAGGUCGUUCUCGCUUCAGCUUACCUCCCAGGCGACAGCUGUGAGAUGCCCACAAGGGAAGUAAUAGCCCUAGAGGAGUACUGCAGAAGGAGAAAGCUGAAACUAGUCAUUACUGUGACGCCAAUGCCCAUCACUGUGUUUGGGGUAGCUCGGACACCAAUUCUAGAGGUGAGUCAUUUCUUGAAUUUAUCACUAAGAACAAUUUAUUUAUUCUUAACCGGGGUAAUGAGCCGACCUUUGUCAAUGCUAUAAGAGGGGAGGUUCUAGACUUGACAAUUUCCUCAACUAGCUUGUCGACCUUUAUCUCAAACUGGCAUGUCUCAAAUGAGGUAUCUAUGUCGGACCACCGGCAUAUUCGAUUCGAUAUAGAAGCCCAAAGAGUAACAAACCAUGUUUACAGAAAUCCCAGAAAAACAAACUGGGAUCUCUUUCGCCUCCACAUAGAGCGGAAAGUGAAUGGUUCUACGGCACCAAUUUCAUCCGUCUAUGAACUUGAGGACGAGGCGAGAAAGUUCCAAGAUGUUCUUAAACAAGGUUUUGAAGAGAGCUGCCCACUGAGAACCAAGAAGUCUCAAAGGGAUGUCCCUUGGUGGAGCGAUUCUCUCGGAAAACUAAGGAAAAGAGCCAGGAAACUUUUCAAUAGGGCAAAGUCAACAGGUGACUGGACCGCCUACAAGUCAGCCCUAACCGCUUACAACUGUGAGCUCAGAAGGUCUAAAAGGGCUACGUGGCGUGAGCACUGCGGAAGUAUUUCCUCUCUUCCAGAGGUGCAUCGCCUUCAGAAGGCCCUUAAACUAGAUCAUCUGAAAGAAGAAACCAGCAGGCUUCUGCUAGAAAUCCACUUCCCGGGAUGUAUUCCACAAGGCACAUGUCUUUCGACAAACACGGCGAACGCUGUGUGCGCAAACAGGAGGACUAGAGGCCUAGCAGGAAGAAUCGUCAGUGUGGAAAAGAUAUCGUGGGCCAUUUCAACCUUUAGUGCAUAUAAAUCCCCUGGUCCAGAUGGUAUCUACCCAUGCCUGCUGCAGCAGAGCUUGGGCUUAAUAUCUGGGCCACUAGUCAGAUUGCUGAGAGCAAGUCUCUUACUUGCUCACAUACCAACAACAUGGAGUGAAGUCAAAGUGGUCUUUAUACCCAAAGUGGGGAAAAACUCAGCACAACUCCCAAAGGCGUAUAGGCCAAUUAGCCUCAGUUCCUUUCUAGUAAAGACACUAGAAAAACUUAUUGACUUUCACAUAAGGGAUAACUUUCUCAGGAAUAAGCCUCUGUGUCAGAGUCAGCACGCAUACCAGGCAGGCAAAUCUACUAUUACUGCAAUACAUAGCCUAACUCAAGUCAUUGAAAAGGCAUUGCGGUAUAAACAGAUAGCUUUGUGUGCAUUCCUGGACAUAUCAGGUGCUUUCGACAAUACGUCUUAUGAAGCAAUAUCGACAGCUAUGAUACGAAAGGAUAUUCCUGUCCUUCUAACGGAUUGGAUCAUAAGCAUGUUGAGGUCCAGAACCAUAAUAGCGGAACUAGGAGACAACAGGCAAGCAGUAAAUGCCACCCGUGGCUGUCCUCAAGGGGGAGUCUUAUCGCCCCUACUUUGGACACUGGUUGUUGACGAACUUCUUGAAAAGCUAAAUGGCAAUGGAUUCAAGGCAUAUGGAUAUGCAGAUGACCUAGUCAUCUACGUUGUCGGCUGGCAUGAGGACACAAUUUGUUCCAGAUUGCAAGCUGCGCUCAGUCUAACGGAAGACUGGUGUGCUUCAAAGGGAUUGUCAAUAAACCCGCAGAAGUCCACCGUUGUCCCAUUUACCAAUAGAAGGAAAGUCAACUUGACUAAACCCACUUUGGCAGGGACAGAAAUUGAGUUCUCAGAAGAGGCGAAGUAUCUAGGGGUAACUCUGGACAAAAGGCUCAAUUGGAACUCACAUCUCCUUAACAUUACCAACAAGGCUACAAGGGCGUUUUAUGCCUGCCAGAGACUCCAUGGUAAAACUUGGGGAAUAUCACCCAAACUAACGUAUUGGUCUUUCAAUACGAUCGUGAAACCUGUUGUCACAUAUGCGGCACUGGCCUGGUGGCCAAAAGCAAAGAAAGCAAGUGCGUGUGCCACCUUGAGCAAGCUACACCGCUUGAUCUGUGUGGCCAUCACAGGAGCUAUGCGCACCUGUCCAACGGAUGCCCUCGGUAUAAUUACAGGCAUUCCUCCUCUAUCUAUUCUGAUAGAAAAGGAGGCCUGCUGGAGCUCCAUACGGCUGCCCAAUGUAAUCAGCAUGAAGAGUGGAGAUCUUUGGGGUCACUUGGAGGUUCUCAAGCCUUUUCUGGAUGAUCCCGCUAUCAAGCUCACAGAUAUCAUGCUACCGAAAUUAUCCUUUGAUAAGCCCUACAAGGUCAGAAUUCCUGAAAGGGACUGCUGUAAAGCGAUAAUAUCUAUGAUUGACAAAGGGUCCCAAGUAUGGUAUACCGAUGGAUCAAAGAUGGAAGACGGGAGUACUGGGGCAGGCGUGCUUGGACCAAGGU